AUGGCGGCUGCGCGGGGGCGCCAGCCCCGCAGAGAGCUGCUCCUGCUCUUCACUCUGCUGUGGAUGCUGCGGGGAGCCGGUGCGGGACAGAUCCGCUACUCCAUUCCUGAGGAGCUGGAGAAGGGCUCCUUCGUGGGGAAUAUCUCCAAGGACCUGGGGCUGGAGCCGCGGGAGCUGGCGGAGCGCGGAGUCCGCAUCGUCUCCCGAGGUAGGGCGCAGCUGUUCGCUCUGAACGCGCGCAGCGGCAGCUUGGUCACGGCGGGCAGGGUAGACCGCGAGGAGCUCUGCGCCCAGAGCGCGCAGUGCUUGGUGAGCCUGAACAUCCUGGUGGAAGAGAAAAUGAAGCUUUAUUCGGUGGAGGUGGAGGUAACAGACAUUAAUGACAACGCCCCCCGAUUCUCAAGGGAGGAAUUCGAAGUAAAAAUUCACGAAAACGCAGCCCCAUCCUCUCGCUUUCCGCUCAUGGAGGUCUAUGACCCCGAUGUGGGAAUGAACUCUCUCCAGGGCUUCAGGCUCAGCGAGAACAGCCACUUCUCGGUGGCCGUGCAAAGCGAGGUCCAGGGGCGCGAGUACCCGGAGCUGGUGCUGGACCGCGCCCUGGACCGCGAGGUGGAAGCCGCUCACCGCCUGGUCCUCACCGCCGUGGACGGUGGGGACCCUGCCCGCUCGGGUGUGGCUCGGAUUCUGGUCACGGUCCUGGAUGCGAACGACAACGCUCCCGUCUUCACUCAGCCCGUGUAUCGAGUGAGUGUCCCUGAGGAUCUGCCCGUGGGUUCACUGGUGCUGGCCGUAAACGCCACCGACCAAGAUGAGGGUGCGCAUGCCCAAGUCACCUACUCCUUCGUGAAAAUCCCAGAAGAGAUCUCUCGGAUCUUCUGCUUGGACAUCGUGACAGGAGAAAUUUCUACCUCCGCAGAGCUAGACUACGAGGUCUCGAGUUCCUACGAGCUAGAGGUGGAAGCCAGGGAUCGUCCCGGGCUUAGAGGCCGAGCCAAAGUCUUCAUCACCGUCUUGGAUGUGAACGAUAAUGCCCCGGAAGUAAUGCUCACAUCCGGAACCCGAACUGUCGCCGAGAGCGCGCCCGUGGGGACGGUGAUCGGGCUUUUCCAGGUCUACGACCGAGACUCGGGAGUGAACGGACUGGUGGCAUGUUCCAUCCCCACGAAUCUCCCGUUUGAAUUGGAAAAAACAGUAGACAGCUAUUACCGACUCGUGACGACCGCAGCUCUGGACCGGGAGCGGGUGUCCUUGUACAACGUCACCGUGACAGCAACGGACAGAGGAACGCCUCCACUGUCCACGCAGACGCUCAUCUCCCUACAGGUGGCUGACACCAACGACAACCCGCCUGCCUUCCCCCGCUCCUCUUAUUCUAUCUAUGUCCCGGAGAACAACCCCAGAGGUGCCUCUAUCUUCUCCGUGAAUGCACUGGAUCCCGACAGUGACCGCAACGCCCAAGUCACCUACUCCUUGGCCGAGGACACCGUCCAAGGUGUACCGCUGUCCUCCUAUGUAUCCAUCAACUCUGACACUGGUGUCCUGUAUGCACUGCGCUCCUUCGACUAUGAGCAGUUCCGAGACCUGCAGCUCUGGGUGACAGCCAGUGACAGUGGGGACCCACCUCUCAGCAGCAAUGCCUCCCUCACCAUCUUCGUACUGGACCAGAAUGACAAUGCCCCCGAGAUCCUCUACCCCACCCUCCCCACCGAUGGAUCCACAGGCGUGGAGCUGGCACCACGCUCUGCAGAACCUGGCUACCUGGUGACCAAGGUGGUGGCAGUGGACAGGGACUCUGGCCAGAAUGCCUGGCUGUCCUACCGGCUGCUCAAGGCCAGCGAGCCAGGGCUGUUCUCUGUGGGGCUGCACACGGGCGAGGUGCGCACAGCACGGGCCCUGCUGGACAGAGAUGCACUGAAGCAGAGCCUGGUGGUGGCUGUCCAGGACCACGGGCAGCCGCCUCUCUCGGCCACUGUUACACUCACAGUAGCCGUGGCUGACAGCAUCCCCGCAGUGCUGGCUGACCUGGGCAGCCUGAAGCCUUCAGUGGAAGCUGAUGAGGCAGACCUGACUCUGUACCUGGUGGUGGCAGUGGCCACAGUGUCGUGUGUCUUCCUGGCCUUUGUGAUUGUGCUGCUGGCACUCAGGCUGAGGCGCUGGCACAAGUCGCGGUUGCUGCAGGCGUCAGGAGGAGGCGGGCUGUCGGGCGUGGCCGCGUCGCACUUGGUGGGCGUGGACGGGGUGCGUGCUUUCCUGCAGACCUAUUCUCAUGAGGUGUCCCUGACCGCGGACUCGCGGAGGAGCCACCUCAUCUUCCCACAGCCCAACUAUGCAGACACGCUGCUCAGCCAGGAGAGCUGUGGGAAAAGCGAGCCUCUUUUAAUACAGGCGGAUUCAGAUUUUUGUAAAGAAGACUCCUCUUUCCAGUUAAUUCCUUGUGUUUUGCAGUAA